GAUUAUUUGUGGUUGUGUCUCUUACUGUUAACAUACAUGAAGGAUUAACACUUGGAAAAUGAGUCUGCUUUUUGUGGAAUUCUUAGGGAUUGUAGUCGCUGUGAGUCUUUGUAUACUCGUUACUGUAGUCUGGCAUUUUCAUCGUCAACAUCAAAAGUAUGAUCAUCUACCCGGGCCACCCCGGGACAGUUUCUGGAGUGGACACAUUCCUUCUAUCGCAAAGGUGAUGGCUGCUGGUGGUAUAAUGGAUGACUAUGUCCUAGAAACUUCCAAAACCCACGGGCUUUUUUUCCGGCUCUGUUUGUGGAACCAGGUUGUUGUUGUUGUUUUAGAUCCAGACUGCAUAAAGGAUGUUCUGGUUACUGGAAAUCACCCGAAAUCAAAACGGAUAUACUCCAGAACAGGCAGCAUAUUUGGCGCAAGGUUUUUGGGCCAAGGACUCGAAUCACAGAUUGAUAACAAACACUGGAUAUUGCAGCGAAUGCACUUUGACCAAUGGUUCAAGCCAAACUUCAUUCGACAGUUUGCAUCUGAAUUUAACGAGUUUGCCGAUUGUUUCACAGAAUAUCUGGAAACCUAUGCGGACAACAAGACGGAAAUACACACGUUACAUUCCUUUAACAAACUAACGAUGCAUCUGUUGUACAAGGUAGCGUUCAACAUCGAUAUGGGAUCAUUACAUGGGGAAAACCAUCCUGUUGUGACGAAAAUGAAGAAAGCUUUAACUGGAUUUGCAGCUCAGCUGUCAAACCCGUUGGUAGCUGUGAAUCCGUUCAAAUGGAGAUUUCGCCGAGAUGUCCAGAAAGCAAUACAUUUUGUCAGAGGGAACGCCAGACAAGAGAUGAUCGAUAGAAAUGUUGCAAAAAGAAACGGCGACUAUUUCCCUCAUGAUCUUUUGGAGUACAUAAUGGACCUAAAAGAAAAGUACCCUUCUGUAAUGACGGACGAUAUACUAUUGGACAAUGUGUUAACAUUCAUAUUGGGAGGACAAGAAACAUCCGCCAACACCAUGAGUUUCAUGCUUGAUCUUCUCGGACGAAACCCGGAAUGUUAUAAAAAGCUACAAAGAGAAAUUGAUGAGAACGUUGGUGCAGUGUCAGUGAUCAGCCUGAAUGAGAUUGAGAAAUUACCCUACCUGGAUAUGGUAUUGAAGGAAACACUCCGCCUUUAUCCAGUUGGUAAGGGAACCUUCCGCGAGACAAUCAAGGACUACAAUCUUGGCGGUCACCUCAUCCCCGCCGGAACUGACAUGAUGGUAAGUUUCUACGCGACGUCCAGGGCAGAGCAAAAUGUAAGAGAUCCGACAAAGUUUUCGCCAGAACGAUUCCACAUCGACAGCUCAGAGAAGUUUAGUAAAUACGCCUCCACACCCUUCUCAGCUGGACCUCAUACAUGUAUAGGGAAAAAGUUUGCCGAGAUACAAAUAAAGAUAACGAUUGCCAAGAUCAUGCAGAAUUUCGACUUCGAAUUGGUCACCGGACAAAGCUGUGAUCUUGCAGACAACGCAGUAUUACAAGCAAAAGAUGGCGUCAAGUGUUUUUUCCGUCCUAGGGAAACGGUUUCGGCGGCGUCAUAGUUUAGACUCUGUGAGCAGUUUAUGCAAGAGUAGAAUAUCAACUUUUAAAAACUCAUUUAAUCUUGUUCUAAUCAUUUAAGAUAAGAAAUAUGAACCAAAUUAGCGUCGAUUUCUAGAGCGUCCUUUGAGACACCAACUCAACUUCAGUCAUCUUGGGAAAUUUUUGUUAGACAUCUAAAAAUAGUAUCAAAAUAAUUGUAUGGAAAGUCUUACUUCAAGACAACCUUAAUUAUCCACACGAAACUGUUUGAUUUAUUUACACUAAAAUAAAACUAUAUUCCUUAGAAAUUGUAAACACUUACUAAGGUAGUACUUUUAUUAACACCUUAAGUAUCUUACACAUUCAACUUACGAUAUGUUUGUUGCGUGGUUUAAACAUGGCUAUGUCAAAAGGGACUGCAAGUUGGAGGCUAUAGAUUUGAAGCCGCGUAGUAAAGUAAUGCGUUGGUCUGUCGUAUGGUACCAUAGGUCAUCACACAAACUGCCAAAGAAAAGGCCCUGAUUUCGAGAAUUGCCUACGGCGUGAGAAAUUCGCAACAUGUUAACAAAUCUUCGACAUCAUUUUUUUCGUAGGAAAACGGCCUGAAUUUCGUACGAAACAAUACCCUGUCUUAAGAAUUCACCCAAUAUGUUUUUUGUGGCCGGUCUGUUGUAUUUGAAUUGAUUUAGCAUUCACAUACGAUUUUGUUUUAUUUUGACAUUCUUUAACUCUAUAAUUAUUUCAUUAUAAUUACCUCCCUUGGCAAGGUAUUGAUAUCUCAUUUUGAUACUGCGCAUGUAAUAUUCAGGUUCAUGUAGUACAAACAUGAAAUGUCCAGAAAGAGGAAUUGGCAGGUCUACUUAUGGUCAAAUUUAGAAAAAUGUUUAAACAAAAUGCAGAGGUCAGACAGUAAAAAAAAAUCACUAUUUUGCUGAGAAGUUUCGAAAGGGUCAAUUUGAAGUUUAAUGUGUACAUAUUACAUGUAGAAGAGGCAAAAGUGUCGGGAGUGACAAGAAUCAUUUUGUAGUGAUAUAAUGUGUUAAUGGAAGUAUAUCAGCUCUUUAUGAGACGUUUUAUAGCCUUAAAAGAUAUACAUAAUUUUAUUGGAUUUGUAUUUAGAAAUGAUAGUUAUACUAUUUAACUUGUGUUAUUUUGUGCAUUGUAAAUAAAGUAUAACUGUUGAAUGAA